UUGUUGCUUGACGAGGACGUCUAGGCAUGGCUUCCGUUGUACAAUCUCCUUUCGCUACUCUUCUCAAACGGUCAAAAUUCUCCUCCUUUGACCCCCGCAUCGCUCAAGUCUACACCACACAUGGUGGUGAUGCUCACCGCGGCAACUGGGGCUUCAAACGCCCGCUCCCGAUACGCAGACGUGGAGCUUACAUCACAGUGAAGGCUGUGGACUCACUUGAACAGCAGACGGAAUGGAACUCUGCAGAGCCUCAGGCAAUGUGGAUGAAGAACUGGGAUGAGUUGCAAUUAAACCCCAGGUCGGAAGAGUUGCGUCGGCCGUCGAGCGAGGAUUCUGGUGAUAUGGUAGACUCGGAGUAUGCGCCAAUGCGGAUGGACCCACAAUGUUGGCGCUCGCCUGCUGUCCCCAAUGUCCAUGCCAUGUCCAAUUCGGAAUUCAAGAAAUAUGUUGCGCAUAUCCGUCGCAAACGCGAGCACUUCUUUGAAUAUCAGAAAAUGAAGGCGGAAGCAUUAAAGAAGCAGAAGGAGAUGAAAGAGAGGGAGGAAGAGGCGUUAAAGCUGAUGAAGGCAGACUCGUCCAAGGAAUCGUCUACACCCAAAGGAUUGUCUAAGGCGAAAAAAGCCCCUCCCGAAAAACUCCCAACGGAUUAUUCCCUCGAUGACUUCGCUAUGUGGGAGUCUGAAGGAGUACGAGAGCAUCCUCGAUCACGUUCACUCGAAAGCGUACCACAUCGCUCUGCAGGUCUCCAUUACUCUCAUUUCUCAUCACUUCAAACAUAUCUCUCUACGAAGGAGCACAAAGGACGAUUGGUUGAAGAGGUAAAGGGCGACAAAGGAAAGCCCAUAUAUUUCGUGGCAUCAUACGCUGGUAUGGGCACCCUCGUACAGCAGAAGAACAAAGGAGUGGGCAACGUGAUGACGUGGGGCGAUCCAAGCAAAACUGGUGUGACGAACCUCAGGCCUGAGUCUGUAGUGUUGGAAAAGGCGCCAGAAGUGGUAUACAAGAGGCAAGGGUUGAAAGCGGCGAAGCUCUCGAUGACAGCAUUUGCAAAUGACGCGCAGAGUCACUCGCAAAGCAACACACAUAGGCCUGGCUCACUGGAGUACAUCACGGCUGAACCUCUGCAGUCUUUCGCCAAUCACACCCCACACCCUAAGCGCGCAGCAAGGUUCGAUAAUAUCGUGCGCAAGUCGACGCAACCACCACCACGCAAUCCUAGUGAGACGACACUAGACUUUUUGCAGGAGAUCCUUAGAAAGAAGGGUCCUGAUACGAACGGGAAUGGGGAUUUAGAGAAAUCAUAGUAGUUUUCUAUCACAUUGACACUCUUUGAAUCGACCUUGUGCCACGCCUUUUGUGGCUCGCAAAGUGACAUAAACGCGUGGUCGCGUGACAUGCCGU